AUGGAUCCGUCUGAGCCGCAAUGGGCAAAGUCCGUUAGCUUUCACGACUCCUACCUGCUCAAGAUGGACAUGACCAUCGAAGCCGCCUUGGAGAACAGCGACAAUAAUGGUCUUCCACAGAUCGCAGUCCCAAACAACGAGGGCAAGUUCCUCAAGCUCCUCGCGCGCACGUUCGGUGCGAAGCGGAUCCUCGAGGUCGGCACGCUCGGAGGGGUUUCGACGAUUUGGAUGGCUCAAGGCAUGCCACAGGACGGCCGGAUAACAACGCUCGAGGUGUCCGAAAAGAACGCGGAGGUCGCCAAGCAGAACUUCGAAAACGCAGGCCUCUCUUCGCAGAUCGAGCUCAUCGUCGGCGACGCACACGACACGCUCGCGAAGCUCCAGCCGUCCGAGCCGUUCGACAUGAUCUUCAUCGACGCGGACAAGAAGAGCUACCCGGCGUACUGGACGGAGGCGAGGCGCAUGGUGCGCAAGGGCGGUGUCAUCAUUGUCGACAAUGUCAUCCGAUACGGACGCGUUGCAGACUUGGAGUACGAAGACCCAGAUGUCUUGGGCGUCCGCAAGCUGGUGGCGAUGGUCAAAGAAGACGAUGAGUUCGACGCGACUGCGAUACCCACCGUUGGCGAGAAAGGCUUCGAUGGAUUCAUGUACGCAAUCAGGUUAUGA